CUCACUUUGGUGAGGAUUUAACUGGUUAGGAGUUUCAUGAGGUAAGGUUCUCUGCUGCACAGACCUAGUAGCCUCACCAACAAACAGAUGGAGGAAAAUGUAUCAUUGGAGAAUGGCCACACGUUACCAGCGCACAGGGAGGGGGAAGAGGAGAUGGAGGUUACCGUGACAACACAACUAGAAAAUCUCAUCGUAACCCCCACCGAUGCAGACCCAUCAUCAAGUACAGCAGCACAAGCAGAGGAAACGGGAGGUGUCCACACAGACUCGCCAGCAGCAACGCUUCCUUUACACAGGCUUUCUAAGACCGAGGACUGUGACGACGAUGAGUCAGAAGAUUCAGACAGUGACAGCUCUUCCUCCUCCUCUUCGUCCUCUUCAUCCUCAUCCUCCUCUUCUCCCACUGCCCCCAUUUUUGAGGAUGAUGAUGAGGGUUUCAGCCAGCCGGCACCCAUCAAAACCAGAGAUGAAGUCCUGCUCGAGGAGCUGCCUGCAGUGGAGGAGGUGUCGGUGUCAUUGCCAGAAGAUGCAGCACUGCAGCCUGUAGGAACGGUCUCCAGUAUUAUACAGCAACUUGUUAUAAUCCAGUCUCUGAAGGACACGCCCCCUUUGACUGACGACAGCAUCAUCUUUAGAUCUGAUAGGCUAGCUGUUGGCAAGGUCUUUGAGGUGUUUGGUCCAGUGUCCAGUCCGCUGUACGUCUUACGUUUUAACUCUGCGGACGAGAUAAGCAGCAAGGGGCUGACGGAGGGACUGACCGUUUAUUACGCACCGGCCAUCAAAGAGUACACAAAAUACAUCCUCACACAGCAGCUCAAAGUGUAUAAGGGAUCUGACGCGUCCUGGAAGAACGACCAAGAACCACCAGAGGAGGCUUUAGAUUACAGUGAUGAUGAGAAGGAACAGCAAGCCAAGAGGAAAGGGAAGAACUCCAGAAAGAAGAGGGACAAUAACAACACAGAUAAUCCUGCCCACGUUACCCACAACACCUUGCUGCAGCAGCGCAAUACCAGGGGUUUCCCACCAAGACACGCAGGAGCUCCACUCAGGCACCAGAACCCGACGAAUAACACAGCCGCUCCCCCCAGACACAUACACCCGCCACCCAGACACACGCAUGCCCCUCCAUGUACCCCCCCCUCCUGCCCCUACCCUCCUCCCCCUCAUCACUUUCCCCCGCCCAACUUCCCUUUGUCCCCCCCUCCUCCCUCUUUCUUCAAUCCAUCUUUCUCCUCUCCGCGUUGGCCACUGAACGCUGUCCCCUUCUCUGACCUCCCCCCUCCUCCCCCCCUCCACCCCCCCUCAGUGACGCUCUUUACACGUGCGCACUGAGCUGCUGGGAGUUGAUGUUGUGGUUCAUGUGUAAAAUGUGUGUAGACUGUCGGAGAGCUGGGUGAUUUCUUAAUGUAGCUGGUAGAGCCACCGACGUGCUCUGACCAACCACAUUCUCUCACUGCAGUGUUUAAAUAUUAUUUUUUUAAAUAAUUUAAUUUUUUCUGACAUCUAGACCUCCUGAGAGGAAGUAGCCUGAUCAAAAUGGGAUUUUCUAUUUGUCAUAUUCCAAGUAAAUGUGAUCAUUUUCUUUGUCAAAUGUCACUUAAAGCAACACUAAAGAACCUUUUUUAGAACGCUUUUGGUCCAUUACCGGAAUUCUCCAUUACCGCUGUCGUAAUGUCUCAGUGGAACAACAGAUCCCCUGCCCCAUCUGGCACACUCGCAUAAGGUCAGGUCAUUUAAUGUCAUGUCAUUUAAUGUCAUGUCAUGUCAUGUAAUGGACAAUUCCUCUUCCAACCUGUAGAGGGACCGAAGUGGGAAAAGUUCUGCAGUGUUGCUUAAAACCGUCCACACAUGUACACUGCAACAGGCUGCCGUUCAUCAUGAGGUCAACCUCAAAAUCUAAAUCAUGCUGGGACUGAACAAACAACAACUAUAUGCAGCCAAGCAUUCGAUUCCCCCACUUAACACAAAAUAAUCUGUUCUGGGUAAAUGAACUUUGAACAAACCCGAGACAAAGCUGCUUAUCACGGUCAGUGGAUUCUUUAUAAUAAAUCAUUUUACUAUGGAGGACUUUAUAAUAGAGAAAGUGUGCAAAUGAACUACUUUUUCUUGCUCCAGUACAGUGGCAAAGGCUAUUAUAAUAUAAUAGAACAUAACAGUCCAAUAGAGGAUAGAGGGAGCCUGCUGUUUUUAGACUGUGUGUGAUGAGGCGUAAGAUGUACACAUGCUAUAACUUCUGAAUCUCAAUGAAAUGUGUGUGAAUGUCAGUAAAGGCACCAGAGCCAACAAGUGU